AUGGUGCAAGGUGGGCGUGUCCAGGACGCUGAUGUAAACACAAAAUACGCCUCAUCCCCCGUCGGAUAAGUCACAGUGAAGCGAAUUGGCGAGAUUAACCCAAAUAGCCUCGGUCGGUCGGGGAAAACGCUCCGUGUCCGUCGUGUGUAAUAUGCGUUAAGGCGCGGACAGGCGACGCCAUGGACUUCUACAUCAAUCUGAAGGUGAAUUUCAGGGGAAAUUCCAAAAAUUUCCUCCUGUCGGGAUCCGAGACCAAGAGCUGGGAGUCGAUGGAGGCCAUGGUGAAGCGCUCCUUUGGCCUGUGCAGUCUCCAGCUGACCUAUUUUGAUGAGGAGAACGAGGAGGUGUCCAUUAACAGCCAAGUGGAGUAUGAGGAGGCAUUAAAGAGUGCAGCAAGGCAGGGGAACCGACUGCACAUGAACGUGUACGAGACUCGGGGUCAGCCAGCAAGAGUCCCCACCACUAAAGUAAGCGGAACAGAGCCCAAGAGGGGCUUCAGACCUCCACAGCACUGCCCCGCUCUGGCCCAGGUGGUCAGCCGGAAAGUCCAGGCUGCAGUGCCAGAACAGGGCAUGGUGAUCCUGAAAGAAGUAAAGGGAACCAAAGAAGAGGACAAGACUCCUCCAGCCUGGUUCACCUCUUACAUGGAGAAGUUUAAGGACCAGGUGGUUCGCGAGGCGGUGGAGAAGAUCUGCCGGGAGUUCUCUGGACAGUGCUGCAUCCACAAGCCCCUGGGAGGAGCAGGAGGAGGAGCGGGAGGAGGAGGGGGAGGCAGAGGGGAGGCAGCAGCAGUAGGAGGAGCGGAGGCCCAGCAGGUCCCCGAGGUUUCCUCCUCCACCCUGCCUGGAGCUCCAUCCUGCUCCACUCCUCCCUGCUCCUCCUGCAGGGGGCAGACCACCGGAGGAGGCUACCAGUGCAGUGUGUGUACCUCCUGUACUCUGUGCGAACCCUGCAGUUUCUCUCACGAUCCCAGUCACAACCUGGUGAGAGCCAGGACUCCUCUGUCUAUCCCGGAGCACGGAUCGCCCGCCCCAGACCACAGCAGGUUCUACAGGCGAGGGGACCGCAGUUUCCGGAAGGCGGAGAAGCAGCGUCUGAAAGCAGAGAAGCGCCUGCUGAAGGCAGAGGUCAAAGAGAUCCGGAAACAGCUGAGGAUGGAGAGGCGGGGCAUACAGUGGAGUUCCUCCCACAGAGAUGGAAGCUCCUCCCCUGUCCUUUUGCAGCCUCGAGCCACCCAGCACAGCAGCCCUGAGCGUCCAAAGCGACCUUGUCCCCUGGUGGUUCCAGCCAUGACAGCUGCAUUUCUGGAUGAGAACCUUCCUGAUGGAACCCGACUGCGUCCGGGGACCAAGUUUAUCAAGUACUGGAAGAUGAGGAACACUGGAACAAUCAGCUGGAGUGCUGAUACUAAGCUGAAGUUCAUGUGGGGAAACCUGGCGGUGGGAUCUGGGGACCGUUGGAGAGAAGUGUCUGUUCCCUUCCUCCAGCCAGGACAGGUUGGUAUAGUGAGCGUAGCGCUGUGUGCUCCCACUGUGGAGGGCUCCUACACCUCCCACUGGCGUCUGGCCCACGCCGGAGAGCAGUUUGGACCCAGGGUCUGGUGCAGCAUUGUGGUCGAUCCUCUGGCCCCAGCACCAAUGAUGGCUGAUGGGAUACUAGUGUCACCCUGUGUCACACCGCAGGGUAAGAACCCAGUGGCAAAGGAUGGAAAAGCCUGUGCGACUUCUAGGGAGCAACCAUUAAUGUCAGUGGACCAAGAAGAAUACUACAUCCCCUCUGUGGACCUGCUCACUGCACAGGAUCUCCUGUCCUUUGAGCUGUUGGACAUCAACAUCGUCCAAGAGUUGGAGAGUGUCCCAAACAACACCCCUGCUGACAUGACCCCUUGCAUGUCCCCUCUGCCUCAAGAUGGCCACCUGCAGGACAAGAGCAGUCCCUCUUUGGGUCUCAUCCAGGAAGAGACUGAGGUUAUCAACAGCAUCAUGGACGUUCCUCAUGGGGCGGGAUCAGGAGCAGAAGGGGGCGGAGUCCCCGCUCAGGAAGAAGGGGAGGAUGACAUCAGUGGGACUCAGUUUGUUUGCGAGACUGUGAUUCGCUCAAUGACCCUGGAGGAGGCCCCUGACCACACCCCUCUGAGAGGGUCCCGCCCAGGAACAGGUAAAGUGGUGCGUCCGGCUGCUCAGGGCGGCUCCUCCUCCUCCUCCUCCUCUUCCUCCUCCUCCUCCUCCUGUGUGAAGAGUAAAACAGUGAACAUAGAGGAGAGCCCAGAUAGCAGCCCCAGCAGCUCUAAAAACUCCCUGAAACCACCGGCUACCCUGAAAGCUUCACUCCCUCCCCCGCUGAAAGCCUCUCUGCCUGCUCCCCUGUCUGUGGCCCCGAUCGCCGGGCCCGGCCCUAGCUCAGCACCGACCCCGCUUCACGCUCCGCCCAGGGCCUCCACGCUGCAGGAGCACGCAACCACAGAUGAAAGUGAAGAAUCCAAUAUGGAGAGAGAGAAGAAGCCAGAGGAGGACAAGGAGAAAGAGGGAGAGGAGAAGAGAGAAGGGGUGAGGAGUCGCUCCUCCUCCACCUCCUCUGAGGAUUACAUCAUCAUCCUCCCUGACUGCUUUGACACCAGUCGGCCACUGGGGGAGUCCAUGUACAGCUCUGCUCUGUCCCAGCCUGGAGACAUCCCAGCGAAGACCCCCACAGACCCAGAAACAUCAUCUCUUGACCACUCGGGCAGUUGCACCCCAGAGGGGGAGCUGGGCGAGGCAGAUGAAGCCGCGGCAGCUCCAGAGACGGGGGUGUCAGGCACCAGCAGCGCCAACGACAUGCUGUGUACGUCUCAGACACUUGACGAUGAGCCGCUGACGCCUGAAGUGGUGGCACCGCCCACAGCCGUCAUCACACCCAGUCCAGAGAGCAGUGGAGAAACAGAUGUUGACCCUGCUGCUGCCGGGGAAGGAGCAGACGGCUCUGAACUGUACCAAACUGAGGAUGCCUCUGGUCCUGAACCAACUCAGACAGAUGAGACCGAAGCUACUGAAGACACUGAGGACAACCCUGAUGACCCCAGGCACCCAGGCAUCACCAGCGGCCUGAUGAAAGGAGCUCUGUCAGUAGCUGCUUCUGCCUACAAAGCCCUGUUCACUGGACAAGGCCCCACACAGCCUCCUGUGGACGCGUCCACCCAGGACACCAUGAUGGCCGUGCUGGUGGAGAUGGGUUUCGGGGACCGGCCACUGAACCAGCGGCUGCUGAACAAAUACAACUACAAUCUGCUGGAUGUGGUCAACGAGCUCGUACAGAUGACCGACAAUGACUGGUACUCAACACGCUACUGAUGGGAGAGAGAGGAAGAAGUGAAGGAAGAGGGAAAAAGGAGAGAGAAGGAGAUGAAACACAAGAAGAUAUGUUUAAAGAAAGAAGAGGAGGACAGCCUGAAAGAGAUAAAUUAAUUUCUGCUCAUCUGCCUUUUUACCUUCCUCCCUCUGCACUCUGAUAGGUCCAGUAGGAUGGAAAUGAAUCUUCUCUUUGACCAUACAAGGAGACAUUCCAUCAAACUCUCUGGGACUAGACUAUCAAACACCCACUGUCUGUAGUAUUACUUUAAGCUUUGGCCUUGAUCUUGCAUAAGAAGUUAAGAGAGAUUAAGAAAGACACACCCUCCUAAAUGAGCUAUGUGUAGCAUUUAGCAUUUGCCCUACAUUAAGACCACAUAUCCCAUGAGCCUCACUGCAGCCUGCAAAGAGGGCAUUGCUACAUUUGUUUUGAAAGGUAAGGAGAUAUAUAAAAGUAACCGCAAAUACAUUUUUAAUGUGGCACAGUAUGUCAGUGUGAAGUUGUGUUCCUUUCAAAUACAAAAAAAUUCUACUUCCACGCUGUAAUCUAACAGAUUUUACAGUGAAUGUCAGAUGCAGCUUAGUAGCUAGCAGAUGUACCCACAUCAAAAUAGGUUUUUGACUUCUUAGCGUUAAAAUGCUACACAUAGCACCCUCUUGUUUGCCCUUUAGCGGGACAGUGGUGAAGUACAAAGCAGAUAGUUAUAGAAGAUAAUAUCAAGUAUCCACAUCUGCACUGAAAACAGUAGUGAGGAGAUCCACAUCACAGGUCACUGUGGUACCGAACCAUUUAAUCAGACCGUGUGUUCACAUGCUAGUCACAGACUGAAAAUCCACAGUGAAUAUAUGGUGUGCUUUUGCCAAUCACCUACCGGCUCAGAGCACUGAUGUACUUGCUUUUAACUCCAUCUUUGUGUGAGUGUGAUGGUUCCUUUGGAGCGUCAUGAGCAGGAUGGUCAGAGUCACAGUGAACAAACAAUAACAAAGAUGUAGUUCUAUGAACAGAAGCAAAUAGAGCUUGUUGUUGCUUUUUCUUUCAUCAUGUCAAAACUCAGUAAAUAUAUAUAGUGUUGCUAUGUUAGGUUAUGUUUACACUGUGCAAAAUACACAUUUUGAAAGAUUUUCCUGCUUUGGCCAAGGAGAAAUUGGACCUAAUCUGCCAUAGAGUUCUGCCAGUCUGAAUCAGGUAAUAAAUGGCCUGGGUGGCAGAACUGUAGGCCCACUUAAGAGAGGGUUUAAGUCAUUUGUUACAGAAAGCUUCGGGUUGGUUCAUUAAAAUCAUUUUCAAAUGUAAUUCAUUAAUCCUAGGUAAGAUUUUCCUAAGAAAAUAAAAAUCCCUCUCAAUCAUCACUGACCUGCUAGAAUUGUGUGGUGGUGUCUGUAUCUGCAGAGACCCUGCAGCCCUCUGCCUGUUGCUGGGUGUUUUUGGGUGUCAACCUUUUGGUAAUGCACAGGGUCUGAAGUCGGGACUCUAUAAAAGGCACAGCAGACAGUCCAGCUUCUGCAAAAAACCCAGCAGUGCGCACCUUCUGCAGGAUUGUGCGAGGGUGCUUUAGAACGUAACUGCUGUGAAACAAUCAUCUAACAUCUAACCCUAACAUCUACUUAUAGCCCAUGGGUCAAUUUAAAGUCUUAUGGCGUAUUGCGUUGUUAUGAAUAUGAAUUGUUGCUGACCAAUGAGCAGGACUGUCCUGAGACAAUAUUAGGUGUUUUGUAUUAAUUAUGAAUGAAUGUGAUCCUAAGUAGUAAGAAAAUACCUUAAUUUGUUACGUUUUUAUGUCACUGGAUUAGCUAAAAGCAGCCAUUCCCAUUCCAUCAUUACCAUAAUUGAUCUUUCAACAGUUUCUGAAUAGAUAGUGGAAAAUCCACUUACUCAUGUUACAUAUUAAUUUGGUGAUAUAGAAUUACAUUCACUCCUGUUCAAAGUGUGAAAAAUUGUGCUUGUGUUGGAGCCACUUGUCUACACAUUAAUGUUGGUAAAAGCAAGUAUAUCAUGAACCUUACAGCUUGAUACCAAGUGAUCUGCACUCAUUGAGGUUCAAGUAUCUUGAAACAUGGCAUGACUGCAUUAUUAUUAUAGUUAUUGUUUUAUAACUUAUGUCCAUAUCACUGGAGUAUUUACAGCGUUUCCACACACCGCUGUCUGAUAAACUGCUGUGGAUGAGUAGAUAACUACUGACAGCAGGAAAACAUUCCCCUAUAAACUUUGGAGAUAAUGUUUGCACUUAAAGCUCAGGGGACACAGGGACCAUUCCUUCAACAUGUACUUUUUUUAAAAUACAGACUAUUUCUUCUUUCACACAUUGUUGUCCUGACUUUCAGGCAUCUUCUCUGGACAUGUUUGUUGUGUUGAACAUGUUAGCUGGCUUUCACAAUAAAGAUUCUCUGUGUUCCCUCAACUUCCUGGUCAGAAUAAAGGUCUCAGUAUGCUUCAAUCGACGUAGUGUGUAGUACUCUGUUACAAAGACUGUUGGACUCCGGUUCUGUCAUUAGAAAGAUGUUAGACACAUUUUGAUUGCUUUCAUCAUAUCUGGUUCAUUUUAAACAAACUGUAGUGUAAUUGCCUUGUUAGAUUUUCUUUUUUAUGGCCAGUGCGAAGAUAGAUGGCAAUGAACUCUCGCGCCCCCUGGUGGCUGGUUGCAGUAUGGGUCAUGUUAACAGAUUGGACAUGGGCGUGUCGUCCAUCCUUAUAGUCUCAGUCUGGUUCUAGGCCAACUGUGGUGCGGUCUACACAUUACCAUGUGUAGGUCUACGCAAAAACGCAUGUACUUCAGCAUGUAAGUUUAGGGGUUUUCUGUGAUACAUGAGACAAUGAAAAUACGUUAAACUGGUGUUCUGAGGGCCCAUCUUAUUAGUUUCCUUUGGGAGUUCCUUAUUAAGGAUCUAGCAACCUCAGAUGAUCCAAUAAACUCUUAGUUUGAAGCAUACUGAGGACUUAAGGAGAAAAUUAAGACUUUCCUAACAUUGUGAUCAGUCGUUCUCACCACACGUGACACAGAUCUCUGUAUUUAGUUGAAUUAGAUGGGAAAAUUUAAGGAUUUCAAAUGUGAUAUAGCUAAGUUGAGUUGAAUCCCUUCAGCAAAGCUCGUAUGUGUUCAUAUCAUUUUGUUCCCCUGUUAUCUGUUUUGUGCUUCUUCAAAGUGGUCAGGUGUGGGGAUACUCCUGAAGGAUGUGUAAGAGUAUGUACAUUAACAGUGAGGUCAUUCCAAACUUAAACUGGAAAAAAACAGUGUGUAACAAUGUGAAAAUGUGUUUUAUUCCUUUCACAAAUGUAUGAAUAUAUACAGAACCUCCUAGUUGGAAGCAAUGACUAUCAGUUGACCUCAUUAGUUUAAGUUAAGAUUGUUUAAAGGUGUUUUUGCUUCGAAUGCUUGAAAGCUGUUUGGAAAUGUAAAAAAAAAGAGCUGUGGAUGUUGUAUUUUUAGGCUUAUUGUGUGGUGGUUAAAUUUGCUCUGCUGUAUGUGUGUGUUAGUGUUUUUCUUUGUAAAAAAAUAAAUUACCAGAUUGGUUGAAGACUUAAAGGACUGAGGGUUAGAGUCGAAGAAAUUAUUUAAUAAAACAGCACUUGUAGGAUUAUGAUUUAUUUUGUGCAUACAAUACAUAAAUCAGUAGUCCAAAAAAACCUUUAGCACAGAGAUGCUAAUUCUUUAUUUUAUUUAUUUAGUUAUUUUUGACAAAGCCAAAUAAAGUAAAAUCAAAAUAUCAUCAAAUCAAAAUCAAAUAAAAUCUCUGGACAAAAGGUAAAAAGAAUAGUUUUGGAAAACAUACCAAUUAGUUUUCUUGCCAAAAUUUAGAUAAGAAGAUUGAUACCACUCUAUUUGUACACUAAAUAUGAAAUUACCACAGCUGUUAGCUUAGUUUACCUUAAAGUUUGGAAACCAGGGGAAACGGCUAUCCCAGCUCUGCUUUACACUUCGGUUUUUGUAAUGAUUAAACAAACAAUAAAAUGUGUUUAUUAUUGACCUUUAGAGGUGCUGGUAGGUGUAUUAUUAAAACUUUGACAGACCCAGGCUGGCCUUUUUCCCCAUCCUUCAAUUUUUUGUGCUAAAGCUAACUGGCUGUGGCUUUAUGUUUACUGCACAAAAGACUGAAUAUUUCCCAUAAUGUUGGUGCUAUUCCUUUAAGGUUUAGACAUCAGACGUUAGCUUUGAUACGGAGUGAUUUCCAUCUUUGCAGCUCAGCCAAAACCCAAAUACUCAAACUCCUGUUAAACUUGACCCAGUAGAGUUAUGUGGACAUGUGUUGAAGAUUUGAAUGAAAUAUUUUACACUCAGAAGCGCUAAUUUUACAAAACCAAAGUUAUCUGAAAUCAGACACAGCAUUAAAGUGUUAAGCUGCCAUAGAUAAUACAAGUGCAGGUUUAUACAAAGAGAUCACAACAGCCAAUGUUAUUUACAGGGUAAUAAAUAAUAAUGUUAAGGGACUGAAUUGCCAGCAAAAUUGUGAUAAAUGGUGUAGAAAUAUUUAAAAUGUUUAAGUUUUUGAAAAGGAAAUGGGGAAAUUUGACAAUGAAACAUACAUUUGUUUAUGUUCUUUAUGUAUUUUAUUUUUGGAGGUGUGCUUUGAGUUCAUCUCCAGCUACAUGUACACAGUUCUUGGGCUUCAUGUCAUGUAUUCCAGGGUUUCUUCUACAGGUUGAUGCAAUUUACUCAGCUGGAAUCUCACACAGUCCCUUUAAAGACAUCAAGUGUUCUGAAUCUCCCCCCCCCCCCAAACACACAGGUAAUUAUUGAAACCCUGCUGCACAUGUCUAAUAAGUCCUGCGUGAUGAAAAAGAUCCUGGCUGAAAUGUGCACUAGAUGAAGGUGAAGAGUUUCACAUCCUGUACUGUAUGUUAUUUUGCUUUAAAUUAACGUGUAAUGUGUUCCACGAGGGGAAAUAUUUUCAUAUUGGGUUGUGAAUACAAGUCUAAGUAUUUAAGGAGGAAGAGAAAAGCUGGAUUGUUUGAGCUUUUUUUCUGUGUUGCACUUUAUGAACAUGGUUAUGAUGUACAAAUUAAUCUGUCUCCAAUUAAAGUCAUUACACUCAU